AUGUCCUGGGUAAUACCCCAGGAAGCGUGGUUGUUGCAAGAAGUGCUGUGUUUUGUUUGCUCGUUUCUGUCUCUUGCUCUCUCAUUGCCUGCCUCCACUUUCUUCUGCACUGCCGCAGCCAUUUGGGCAAGGGUUGCUGUGCCUCCUACAUCCGGAGCCAGCCGCAGAAUGGCACAGACGCGUAUCUUCAAUGUGCUCGCUGUCCUACAGCUUGCAAGAGCGGGCUGCCCUGGUGGCCCCAGCGACGUCUGUGAUGGAGGUGCCAGCGACAAUGUCGCAAUGCUUCAGGGCCAUCGACAUCACGGCGUUGCGUCUCAUAGGCGUCUCCUUGCCAUGGAGGUCAACACCACCCGACAACGUGGCCGCCCACGUGUCUCUAAAGGCGCUUUCUCAGAAGUCGCAACAGGAGCAGAGUUCCAGAUCAACGAGGACGGGGUCUGGAACACUUACUUCCUGCCUGGUGCGAACAUUAUUGACAAGCGCACGGUGGAGUAUGGCAUCAAUGACAAGUACUACCUCAUGAAGUACGACACCACGGACACUUGCAAAGCCGGAAACUUCGAGAUGCUCAAGCUGCCAGGGAAGACUAUCACAGCAACCGUUUUUUUGAACGGGGCUGGUUGUGGCUGCAACGUGAAUUUCUUCUUGGUGGCAAUGCCGGCAUCGUCGCUGGGCGAAUACGGUGACUGCUACUGCGAUGCCAACUGCGUGGGUGGCAACUGCUGCAACGAGCUUCGGCGGCUUCGGCUUCUGAAAGAGAAGCCUCCAGCACUGCAGUUUCCUACGAUCCAGGAAUUUGACCUGAACGAGAUGAACACCCAUGCGGUGCAGGCCUGUGUGGGUGUUCCGACCAAUGAAUGCGUCUGCUCGGUCACAAAUCAUCUCUGCGGAGAUCCGCCCACGCACGAGACCUGCGACGGCAACGGAAGUCCGGUCAUGAAUUUCUCACCGAAUUUGUUUGGUCCGGGAAAUGGAAACACCAUCGACACGGAGCACCCCUUCAACUAUUCAGUCCAGUUUCAAGAGGUGAUCUAUUCGGAGCACAACCCAGACAAUCACCUUGUAGUCGCAGCGACGAUUCGUCAGGGGGACAAAGUGGUCACCAACACCAUGGCCAAUGCAGCCCUUACCGGUAUGUGGUCACAGCUCGCAAGCGGAAUGGUUUUGGUCUUCGACUACUGGCAAAGCUCUGACAUGACGUGGCUGGAUGGCGCCUCUUGUCAGGCACCAGAAUCUUGCUCCGGGAACAAGGCCCAAGUCUCCAACAUGCACAUCAGCACAAACGCCUGA